AUGCUCCUUCUCAUCCGGGAUCCUAAAGCCCUUCAGCACACGAUACGACGGCCAUGGACGCGACUAGCCCGCGCUCGCGAUUGCAAGCUCACCUCCGUUCUCAAACCCUUCCAAUCCAAAAACCACUGCAGAUCCUCCAUCUGCCCAGCUGCUUUUUGGGCCUUUCGGUUUAAAUUCGUCUGCGAAUAUUCCGAUUUGUGUUCUUCAGUCCACAUCCCCGCGCUCAAGGCCAACGAAACCGAUAUCGACGGGCUCAAGUUCGACGGGAGCGAUACGUACGCGGCGCUAUGCAUACUACAGAAGAAGUUCGCCAGACCAGACGUUACAUGCAAAAGUUUAUGGCUGAAGACUUCGAUGCUCAUAAUUGACGAGAUGCUGAGACCGAGCAAGUGGAAGAGGCUUCAGAGCGUUGCACUGCCUGCGAUCGAGAAGAUGCUGAAGAAGAUCGAUAGAAACGACGAGAUUUGCAUUACCAAUCUGGUGCAGGAGAACAAGGUCCACCUCUUGGAAAUCUUGGAGGCCUUGCUGCUAACCGCUCGGAAGGGUUCUGUGGCUAAGGUGUGA